CGGGGAGGUGGUGGUGCUCGUCGUCGUUCAGCUGUGGCCGAGGUCCGAGUUAGGGCUUGGAGUUCGGAGGCCUCUCGCGCUUCACGAUCGUGAGGUGCGCUCGAGCAAUUUGUGGAUUCGCUGCUUCUCGGCGGCAAUUCUCGAGCCAAAUCGUCGGGUGUCUGGAGUGUAGCGCAGAUCCGGUGGACGAUGGGUUUGUAGACGGGCGGUGAAAUUGUUGGUGGUGGUGGAAGCAGGAGAGGGAGAGAGGAGGAAGAGGCGGUGAGGACAGUCGUUGAGCCUUGUGGAGACGAGAGGCAGAGAAUUGGGGGAGAUUUGGUGAUUGGAUUUCAUGGAAGCCGGGGUGGCAGUUGCCGGGCCCAGGCCUUCCUUUCGGAAGCCAUCGCAUGACACAUCUCAGCGGAAUUAUAGGCGGCGAUCUCCGUCUACUUCUUCUCGAUCUACUUCGUCCUCCCCUUCUCCUGCCCGUGCUCCCUCGGGUGGUUGGAAACGUGAUCGCAGUGUUUCUCCUCUGUCUCCCCGGAAGGAUGGCGCUAGGUUGAAUUCUGUACAGGCAAAGAAAGGAAAGACUGCUCACAAGGAUGAUGAUAGCGACGGGGACAGCAGCCAAGGGAGGAGAGAAUAUGGACCCGGCACUUCUGAACGCUUGUCUCGGGGCUCCAGUUAUGACCGACACGGAAAGUCGGAUCUCUACGAUUCGAGGCGAUCAUCUGGUUCUCACUCAGAUCGCAAUCAUCCAGGUCAAGCAAUACAUUCGAGUCGGGAUUCCUACGGUGAUACCAGGAGGAAUGGAGACUACGACCACCCAGCGCGCAGCCGCCAUAGUCCCGAUAGAGGAUAUCGGGACAGAGACAGGCGGACUAGAGAUAUAGAGAGGGAUAGCGAGAGGAGCACGAAGGGUAAGCUUGGAGGGAGAGACUCUAACCACGAGAAAGACACGGAGAGGGAGGGGCGGUUGGAAAGAGAUAAGAGCAGGGACAAGGACAGAGAUCGCAGAGAGAGAGAUCGGAGUAGAAGCAAAGUUGAAGGUCGGGAGUCAUUCUUUGACAAGGAUUCGGAAACAGAACGUAGAAGUGGAGGUGGGAGAGGGAGAGAUACCACCAGGGACAGAGAGAGGGAAAAAGGGAGAGACAGAGAUCGCGAGAGAGAUAAUGGAAGAAUCAAAUCUAGACACAGUGAGAAAGAUGCGGAUCCCCGGGAGACAGACCGAGAUAAGGCGAGAGAAAAAGAGAGAGGAAGGGACAAGUUUCAAGGGAAAACCAGUGCACGUGACCCUGUCAGUCCAAAUGAUCCGGAUGGAGAUAGGAAAGCCUUGACCCGGGAUAGGGAAAGGGAGAGAGAAAAAGGCAAGGAGAAACCUUCGAGCAGAGACGUUAAUAUGGACAAAGAACCAGAGUAUAUGAGAGAUGGUGGUCGAGGUAGGACAAGAGAUUCUGUGAGAGAGAGAGAGAAGACGAGAACCGAAGAGAAAGCAGGUCGAGAUUUGGGUGUUGUUGAUAUGGACAGAGAUAAAGAUGUAGGGAGGAAUAGAGACAGGGACAGAGGUAGAGUCAGAGACCUCGAAUCCUACGGCAAUCGGGAGGACAGCAAGGGUCAAGAGCGUCGUAGGGAACCUGAUCGAUACUCGGAAGGUGAUCCUAAGGAAAGGAGUUUCAGAGGAAAAGAGGACAGUAAAGAGGGUUCCCGUGUCAAAGACAGGGAUGAGCAAAAAGAAAGAAUCCGGCACAAAGACAAGGAUGAUCCGAAGGAGUUACAGAAAGUAAAAGACGAGUUUGUAGAGGCUAGAGACAGAGACCUGCUGAGGGUAAAGGAAGAGGUCAGCCCCUCUCCGGAUGUAUCGAAAACGAACUUUCGUCAGGAUAAAGAAAGUUCGGGGAACAGAGUGGUAAAGGAUGAGGUCGGCUCUCCCUACGAUGUUUCGAAAUCGAACUCGCGUCAAGAAAAGGAAAGGACGGGUGGCAGUUCAGACUUGGUAUCGCAGCCCGACAAAGACAGAGGUGGCAGCUCCUCUCGGGAGAAGUCUCAAGGUACUGAAAGACGGCUCAGUGAUGGAGCUCGAGAGAAAGAGAAGGGUCCGCCUCGGUCUGAUGAUGGCGAAGGAAAGAAAGAGAUGCAGCCGACUCUCAAACGAACUGAUUUUGAUGGCAGUUCUAAUUUUAGCUCGAAGGAUGGAGAGGUCAAGAAAGAUAGAAGUUUGGGCAAGGGCGACUCGCAGAGAGGUCCCGAGGCUAAAAGCACGCCUGUUUCUGCAAAUGAUCCUGAAAAAAGCGCUGUGGACAGCAAGGUCUCGAAAGGUUCAAAGUGGGGUCCUGAGCCAACUGAUUCGAACCUUCAAGGGUCAGUAAGUGAAGAGGUGGCAAACGAUCUUACAGCCGCCAAGCUGGCAGCGCUGAAAGCAGCAGAGCUUGUGAAUAAAAACCUCGGAGUACCGGGCUUUAUGUCAGCCGACCAGAAAAAGAAGCUGUUGUGGGGAAGCAAGAAGUCUGCAGCUGAGCAGGAGCCGGCUGUUACAGCGGGAACUAAUCGUUGGGACACUGUCCAUUUUUCGGAUCCUGAUCGACAAGAAAAGUUUCACAAGCUCAUGGGCGUGAAGGCGGAUUCCAGUGCCGAUUGCAAGAGGGAAGGCGAGGCAGACGUCGGUCAGUUCACAGAAGAAAGACAACGAGAGUUACAGCAAGACUUGGAGAAGCAGUUUGCUGCCGGCUUGAGGCGAAGAGAUGGUCGGACUGUUGGACUCGGGUUGUGAAGGAUGAAAUAAAAUCUGGCUCAUUGCGGAAAACGACAUCGCUGCAUUUUCUUUAUCUCUACUACAUAUGAAGCAUCGUGUGAGGAUGUAAUAGCAGUGCGUUGUGAGCUUAUAUUAGGUAUCAAUCUACUCGUAACUUUUGCUGCCCGCUCAUUCAGAGGGAUCAGUGUUCCAUUUAAGGACAAACUGAGCGCGGGAAAGGUUGUUGCAAUGAUAUCCGCUAUUAGCUGGUCUAUUCUUCUAUACAAUGUGUGCACAUUCUGUGACUUCAGUCACGUAUUCCGAGUCCUUCGAUGUGAUUCAAGAGGUCUGUACGUUAUUCAAUCCGCAUGCUUCGAUAUUGCCUCUCUGUCAAGUUUAUUUUGGAAGAAAGUCAACCACUCCAUUUUUUUGAAAUUGACCCAAGCAUUCAGCAUGAGGGAGUUUAAUAGCCACCAGUGGUGUCAACACCACCCGUGGUUAUUAAGCUCCCUCAUGCUGAAUGCUUAGGCCGCCGUUUUCGACUCAUAUCAUCUCAUGAUACACGUCGCAAGCAUGUGAUGCACUAACUUUAAAAUCCAUGUACGUUUGGUAUGCAUCCCGUGUUUUUUCCGCCUUGUGUUAUUCAUCGUUGGGUCCCAUCAACUGGAUCAAAACCAUCUUAGUUUUACGGAUCCUUGAUUGGGCCUACGAGAUCCUGGAGCGGGAGAGACUUAAUACACGCUCUCUUUCCUGGUUGACUACAGGUUCUGGAUCUUUUCAUCAAAUUUAGACUUGCACAUCACUCCCUGAUUACGUCAGCAGGCACGAGAUUUCCUACUAACAUCUCAUCCUGUUCU